AUGGAAUUAGCUAUAGACUUUAAAAAUUUUGCUUUGGACCUCAGAGGAGCCUGUCACGUGACACGAUGCCGUGUACUUCUACCGUGUGUCACUCCACCAUGUGUCACUCUACCUUGUGUCACUCUACCUUGUGUCACUCUACCUUGUGUCACUCUACCUUGUGUCACUCUACCUUGUGUCACUCUACCUUGUGUCACUCUACCAUGUGUCACUCUACCUUGUGUCACUCUGCCUUGUGUCACUCUGCCUUGUGUCACUCUACCUUGUGUCACUCUGCCUUGUGUCACUCUGCCUUGUGUCACUCUACCAUGUGUCACUCUACCUUGUGUCACUCUACCUUGUGUCACUCUGCUUUGUGUCACUCUACCUUGUGUCAUUCUGCCUUGUGUCACUCUUACCUUGUGUCACUCUACCUUGUGUCACUCUACCUUGUGUCACUCUGCCUUGUGUCACUCUACCUUGUGUCACUCUAUAUUGUGUCACUCUGCCUUGUGUCACUCUACAUUGUGUCACUCUGCCUUGUGUCACUCUACAUUGUGUCACUCUACCAUGUGUCACUCUACCUUGUGUCACUCCACCUUGUCCACUAUUAACAAUGAAUGCAAAAACCCUAGUAUCAGACAGUAA